AUUAUUUAAAUUCUUUCUUUUUUUUCUUCUUUUAAAGCUUUUUUAUAAUCUGCUAGCCAUUUAUUAUUUAAUUCAUCUUCUAAUUUUUUGAAUGUUAAUUCAGUUUAAUCUUUUAUUUUAUGAGAAUGAGUUCUACACUAAAUAUAACAUUUUAAGUUAUUCUAAUUAUUUUAUGUCUUAUAUAUAUGAGAGUUCUUUUGUACACAAGAUAAAUGACACCAAUAUUCACAAUUUUCCUCAUGGCAUUUUAUAGAAUGGCCUUUUUGUGUGUUUCUUAUGUCUUCACAUAAUCCACAUUUGCUAUUAUGGAAUUUUAUUUAGGAUAUGUUUUGGACUUCAAAACCUCUAUCAGGUGAAAAUAUUAAAUUCAAAUCAUUAAAAAAUAAGGUGCAUAUUAAAUGAACAAAAUAAAUUUCUUAUUGAUUUUAUAUAGAAGUUGUUGGGUAUGCGGUUACCAUUACGUCGUUUUAUUUUUUUUAUUCUUUGCAUAAAUAGCAAUAAUAAAAAGAUUUUUUUUUUUUUUACAUUUUUUUUUUUUUAGUUUUUAUUUUAUAUAAUUUUUUUUUUUUAAUUAAUUUUUUUUUUUCGUUGCACUUAUUUUUUUUUUUCAAUUUUUUUAUUUUUUUUUAAGUUUUUUUGUUUUAUAAUUUUUCUCUAUCUAUCUAUUUUUAUUUAUAUAUUAAAUAUUAAAUACUUUAAUUAUUUUUUCUUCUUUUUUUUAUAGGCGAAUAUAUUUAUUUUGAUAGAUGUAAUAUAAUUUUUAUAGUAUUAAGAUAUUCUUUUUUUGAUUUGA